CCAAAAUCUGACGGCGAGACCCAAUGGAUGAAUGGAAUGGCGUGCGGUGGACAAUUGCAAUCGCAUUUGCACUUGCACAUGCAUAGCAUAGUAUAAUUGGUGUGAAGGAAUAUUAUGCAUGGGCGGGCGGCCAUUAAUUUCGUGUGUGGAGGAGGUGAAGGGAUGGUGGUGUGCCGUUCAUUUCACGCAUAUCGUAUUAAUACUCCAUUUCCAAUUUUGCUUAACGGUCCGGACCCCUCCAUCCAUGUUUUCGUCACCGGCGACAUAGGUAACAAAUCUGCAUGUUCGUGAGAUUUCGUUCUCGUAGAGCCUGUGGGUGAGACGUGAUCAAAUUAGCGAACUGCAAUCAUGAGUCACAGUAGGUCAGGAUCUCUUGAAUGCUCCAUCAAGUCGAGUCUUGAGAAAACUGAUACUGAAAGUUCGGAUGACGAGAGGAAAAAGAGGCUUGGUUCGCUAAAGAAGGUGGCUAUUAGUGCUUCUUCCAAAUUCAGGCACUCUUUAACUAAAAGGGGCCGGCGAAACAGCAGAGUAAUGUCUGUUGUGUUUGACGACGAGCAUGAUUCAGAGGAAAUGAAAGCUGUGGAUGCCUUGAGGCAAACACUUAUUCUAGAAGAGUUGCUUCCUGCAAAGCAUGAUGACUAUCAUAUGUUAUUAAGGUUUUUGAAGGCCAGGAAGUUCGAUAUUGAGAAAACUAAGCAAAUGUGGGCGGAGAUGAUCCAAUGGCGGAAGGACUUCGGUUCUGACACUAUUAUGGAGGACUUUGAAUUCAAGGAAAGAGACGAGGUCCUUAAAUACUAUCCACAAGGCCAUCAUGGUGUUGAUAAAGAAGGAAGACCUGUUUACAUCGAAAGAUUAGGACAGGUUGAUUCAACCAAGCUCAUGCAAGUCACAACGUUGGAACGAUAUUUAAAAUACCACGUCUUGGAGUUUGAGAGGACUUUCAACGACAAGUUUCCCGCCUGCUCCAUUGCAGCCAAAAAGCACAUUGAUCAGAGCACAACCAUUUUGGAUGUCCAAGGAGUGGGUCUAAAAAGUUUCAAUAAGGCUGCUAGGGAGCUUGUUCAAAGUCUUCAAAAGAUUGAUGGCGAUAAUUACCCUGAGACUCUAUGCCGAAUGUACAUCAUCAAUGCCGGAUCAGGAUUCAGGCUCUUGUGGAACACAGUUAAAUCUUUCCUUGACCCUAAAACUACUGCCAAGAUCCAUGUUUUGAGCAACAAAUACCAGAGCAAGCUGCUCGAGGUGAUCGAUGCCAGUGAGCUGCCGGAGUUCUUGGGCGGCACAUGCACCUGCCCGGAUAAGGGUGGUUGUAUGGCCUCCGAUAAGGGUCCUUGGAAUGAUACUGAUAUCAUGAAGAUGGUCCGUAACGGCGAACACAAAUGCUGCAACAAAAUAUCCUGCUUGGUGAUAGAGGAAAAAACAGAUUGUCCUGCAAUUUUGCGCUCCCAACUCUCUCCUGUUCGUGAAGAAGUAAACACCAGUGCAUUUGAGCCACCAAAGCUCGACGACAACGCAAAGGGCAAACCCGACACUAUUGAUUGGGUGAAAGCAGAGAAAUUCGACAACUACGCUCUUUCUAAAGAUUAUUUCCCUGCAAAGAAUGCAUGCAAAUCAACAUCUUAUUCUCCUAAUUCUGAUGGACUCAGCAACCAUAUAUACACUGGAGUGCUGACCUUUUUCAUGGGUAUUGUGACUAUGGUUCGAAUGACUCGCAACAUGCCGAAGAAACUGACGGAAGCGACCCUCUAUUCUAGCUCGAUGAAGAGUGGUGCAGUGCACGGGUACAACAUGAUGGCAGGGACUGCAGUUUCCAGAGAAGAUUACUUCAUCAUGAUGAAGAGAAUGAACGAGGUGGAAGAGAAGGUGACUGUCAUCGCCAACAAGCCAGCCAACAUGCCGCCGGAGAAGGAGGAGGUGCUCAAUAAUGCCUUGAGCCGUGUCGAAUCAUUGGAGCAGGAGCUUUCCGCCACCAAAAAGGUAUAUAUUUCAUCUUUGAUCGAUUUUGUUGUUUUCUAUUUGAUUGGAUUGGUUGUUUGUUUGUUUGCAGAGGCUGGAGGAUGCAAUUCUCCGACAAGAAGAACUCCUUGCCUACAUCGAGAAGAAGAGCAAGAAGAAGAAGAGAUUCUUUGCUUUCUAAGUGCAGAAGAGCCCUGUGUGUGUGUGUGUCUACUCUCUAAUGUACAGAUAUAGAUGAUGAUGGUGGCGUUGUUACAAAGAUAUUUCUGGCUCUCUGUUUUCUUAAUGGGAAAAAACCUCUAAGUUUGCUUGGUAGGGGCAAGGAGGGUCUUCAUUUCUUCUUGCAAUAACCAAUCUUAGUUUUGCCGUAGCAUAACUAAAAGAUAUUCUCUUCUUCUAACAUAAAAUGUUCUUUUUUUUUAUUUUUUUAUUUGUUAGUAAAUUUACAAUUAUACAUUUUAAAAUUAAAAAAAAAAUUAAAAACACGACGUACCUACGGUAACGUGAACACUUUUAUUGGUAUAGAGAAAAUACUAUAUUGAGCCACCCUCGUGAGCUUGGGACAAGAACCGCGAAGCUAAACGAAUUUCUAGAGUGUCUUUUUUUGACAAAAAUUUUUAUUA